AUGUUCGCACAGGCAUCCGUGUCAUCCUCCGACGUGGCUGCCGUAGUUGGAGUGCCUGUGCCUGAUCCUGCCACGACGACGACGGCACAGUCUACAAGCACCUCCUCCAAAAACGCUACCCCAGCCAACGCCGACGACCAAGUCCUCGUAGCCACUCUAGGCCUCUUCAUCCUCGACACCUUCGAAUGGCGAUCCACCACGAACCCCGCCCAAAUCCUCCGUCGUUCGGACCUCGUUAUCGGCGGAGGAGGCACCUACGCAAUCCUAGGUGCGCGGAUGUGGUUACCUCCUCGUCAAUUGGGUAUCAUCGUCGAUCGAGGGAAUGAUUGGGACUCUUUGGGGGAAGUGGAGGAGAGGUUGGUCAAGUUUGGGGAGGAAAUGUGGGUUUGGAGGGAUCAGAAGGACGUCGAGACGUGCAAGGCGCUAAAUUUGUAUCGGGGGGAACAUCGGGGUGAGCCAUAGGACUUGUACCGAGAGGAUGGUAGUAAUCACCACAAGGAUUGAAUACUUGUGAUGCGAUCAUCCAAGCCCAAGCGCAGCAAGGGGCAGAUAUGUUACUCGCUCGGGCGAAAACUCGGCACGUGCUAACCCAUUCACCUUCCAAAUCGCCCCCAGAUUUCAAAUACCUCACCCCUCGAAUACGACUCGACCCCUCCGUCCUCCCUCCACGUCUCCGCUCAGCUCACUCCCUGCAUUUCGUCUGUUCCCCCAGCCGCGCCUUCGAGAUCAUAUCCCAACUCGAACCCACGUCGACCUACCCGAUCCGACCUCUAACCUUUUACGAACCGAUUCCCGACCGUUGCAUCCCCGAAGAACUUGACGCGCUCAAACAAGUGCUAGGCGAAAUCGACGUCUUUUCCCCCAAUCACGAAGAAGCGUCUUCCUUUUUCGGUAUUUCCACGACCGAGGUCAUCGACCGAGGCUUGAAAGGGAUUGAAGAGCUGGCGCACCGUUUCCUCGAAUUAGGAAGCAAGUCCUACGUCGUCCUUCGUUCGGGCGCUUGGGGCGCUUAUGCCAUAGAACGAGAUCACCCCGAUCAGGCGUUCUGGAUGGGCCCUUAUCAUGGGUAUGAGAAGGUGGUUGGUGUGGAGCGAGGUAAGGUCAAGGAUGUGACGGGGGCAGGGAAUAGUUUCAUGGGGGGGUUGAUGAGUGGGCUGGUGCAGGGGAAGAGCUUGAGGGAGAGUGUGAGGAUGGGAAGUAUCUCGGUGAGUGUGGAGUGCAAGUCGAGACGUUCGACGGAGUUAUCGCUCAUCGACUCUUUCGUGUCCGCAGGCUUCUUUCACGAUCGAACAGUUUGGCUUGCCUUCGAUGACCUUGGAUGAGGGAGGGAAUGAGCUGUGGAAUGGGGCGUUGCCGGCAGACAGGCUCAAAGAGAUGCGAUCGCGCUCGCCUGCGUGA